AUGUUUACUCAUUGUUUGUUUCAUUGUGUCACUCAGGAAUCAAUGGAUAAUCCACCAACAGAUACACCUCCACCUCUUAAGCGUAACUCAAAUGAUGUAGGAUGGGAGUAUGGAGUCUUGUGUGAUGCAAGAAGUCUAGACAAAGUCAAAUGUAAAUUGUGUGGAAAAGAGUUUUCUGGUGGUGUGUUUAGAAUGAAAGAACACAUUGCUCAUCUGAAAGGAAAUGUGUCAGCUUGUCCUGUAUCAAGUAAAGAAGAUCAAGAGAAGUGUAAGAAGGCGGUUCUUGAAGGAAAAAACAAGAAGAAUCUGAAGCGAAAACAUGAGGAAGCUUUGCGGGCAGAGGUGAACAUAAGUAAAGACAGUGGUACUGAAGAACUGGAAAGAGAGCUUGGAGCACUUAAAACUCAUCACUCCCAAGGUCCUAUUGAUCAAUAUGUGAGCAGCAUUAACCCUGAAGCUUCUUUGGCGGCACAGACACGACAACAGAGUAUCCACGAUGCCAUUUCUAAAGAGAAAAGACAUGUUGUUCGCCAAUACUGUUCUAGAUGGCUUUACCACACAAGUAUCCCUUUCAAUGCCAUUGACAAUGAUAGUUUCAGACUAUUUUGUGAAGCAUUAGGACAGUUUGGGCCUGGUUGGGUGCCUCCAAGUCAGUAUCAGCUUAGAGAGCCAUUGCUAAUUGAAGAACAACAGAGGACAAAGGAAAAAUUGAAGAUCUUAGAAGAAGAAUGGGAAAGGGAAGGCUGA